CCUAGCCCACUAGCCUCUUCACACUUGACCCACUGUGCCCGUGUCGAUGUCGCUCCCGGAGGACGUGUCACCUGGCCCCCACCCCUCCGGCGGACUCCGGCCAAUGGCAGCUCGCCGUCGGCGCAGCGGGCGACGCAUGCGCACCGGGCCAGUUCGGUGAUGGGCCCUCAUUGGCUGGCGGUGGGCCAAAUGGGGCUGGAACCGGCGCGGACGUCGCAGCCGUGAAAAACCGGUUACACCAGAAAAACGGUUCGUCCGUGAGUCCGUGAAGGCUUGUGUCAGUGUGUGCGGGCCGCGAACUCGGGUGUGUGAGUGAGCGGCGGCUUUUCGGUGGCGUUUUGGGCCGCUCUGCUUGGCGGCGCUUCAGUAGAAUUUGUCGGCUGAUGGACCGCGGGCGAGGCACGAAGCCAACUCUCAAUUUCCACUGCUGCUGCCACUGCCACUGCCACAGCCACAGCUAUAGCUAUAGCCACAAAAUUUUAUCGAAUCGAUGCGCCGGCCCCGCGAUUCGCGUGCAGUUAGUCGAAUUUUUGACGGUCGAGUGACAAGGUGCGUCGCGUUCCGAACUCCCAAAAAGAAAAAAGAAUCACACAGAAACCAUUAGCCGUCGCGCCUCUGAACUGAGUAAUCGGCCAUUAUCCGCGGAAUAAGCGACACAGUGCAUGCCAAACUCGAGCGGAAAGUGUUGUGCUCAAGUGAUCAAAGGAUUCGCAUCCCAGUUAUUGGAUAGCCGGCAGAUACAGUGCUUUAAGCUUGAGAUUUUCACCGGGUUUCGGUUUGGUUUUGGUUUUGGCUUUGGUCUUGGAUCGGAUCGGUUCUGGCCGGGCCUGGACGCUGUCCGAAUUCGUGGAAGCCGUUAAAAGUCUUCGGGGAGUGGGCACCCAGCCUCAUCCAGCAUCAUCCAACAUCAGUGCGAGCGACGCCAUUCGAGUCUGAGGCUGAGAAUCCUAAUAGCCCGGCGACCACGACGACAUCCAUCAAAGCGUUUUUAUGACGUUCUUGCUUGAAAUUUGAUUAAAAUUCAGCGAUUAACUAAGCAGCAGCAGCAGCAGCAACAGCGAAUAAACCAAAAUACUUUACGGAGGCUAAGCGACUGCCAGCGACUACCGAUCGCAUCGGAUCGUAUCGAAUCACUUUCGGAUUGUAUUGGAUUGGAUUGGAUUGGAUUGGCUCGCUUUGAAUUGAAUUGUUGAUCACAUUUCAGCCAUGCCGCAUACAGGUCAAGCUGGUGUCAACCAAUUGGGCGGCGUUUUUGUGAAUGGCCGUCCUCUGCCGGACUGCGUCCGUCGCAGGAUCGUCGACUUGGCUCUGUGCGGAGUGAGGCCCUGUGAUAUCUCCCGCCAGCUUCUGGUUUCCCAUGGCUGCGUUUCCAAAAUUCUAACUCGCUUCUAUGAGACGGGCUCCAUUCGACCGGGCUCCAUUGGCGGUAGCAAGACCAAGCAAGUGGCCACGCCCACCGUCGUGAAGAAGAUCAUCCGGCUGAAGGAGGAGAACAGCGGCAUGUUCGCGUGGGAGAUUCGCGAGCAGCUGCAGCAGCAGCGCGUCUGCGAUCCCAGCUCGGUGCCCUCGAUCAGCUCCAUCAACCGGAUUCUGCGCAACAGCGGUCUGUGGACGGACGAGAUGACCUCCAGUCAGCAGAAUGCCGCAGCUGCAGCAGCGGCGGCGGCAGCGGCUCAUCAGGCGGGCAGCGGGCCAUCGAAUGGAUAUGGCAGCCAAGCUCCGCCCCCUCCGGCGAGCGUGGCCCCACCCACUGCGGCAGCCACGCCCUCCAUCGCACGGUACACCAAACCGCCGGCGUUGAUGAUGAACACCGCCGGCGAGAUGCCCAUUAAACCCGCUCCCAAAAUGCCGCCCAGCAUGGGACAUGGCCACAGUCACGGCCUGAACCCAAAUGUCUCGGGCCUGGACUUGAGUUACUCCGCUCUCCACAAGCACUGGCUGUGGAAUCCCUCCCUGCUCUACUACACCCAGGCUCACAUUCAGGCCCAGGCGGCCGCGUCGGGUGGUCAGUUCCUGCCCUAUGCCGGCGGCUAUUUGCCCCACGCCAUGGCAGCGGCGGCCGCAUCUUCCACAUCAGCACUGGGCGGAUUCACCAAGUCAGAGAGCUCCAUCGAUCUGUCGACACCCGGAGCGGCUGGCGAUGCACUAAGCGACUGCGACUCCGGCAAAUCCUCCCCGGCGGCGCUCUCCCUAACCGCGUCUGGCGGUGGCAAUGGAGCCGGAUCAGCUCCAGAGGCUUCACCGGGCUCGACACUCGGCCACAGUCGCAAGCGGAAUCCGUACUCCAUCGAGGAACUGCUCAAGAAGCCGGAGAAGCGACUGCGACUCGACAGCAAUCGUCUGGAGUGCCUGGAGUCCAGCUCAUGCGAAAGCAGCCAGGAUAGUCCAGUGGCUCCGCCCCUGGAAACUCCCGAGGAUGAGGAUCCCGCCGAGGGGGAGGAGGAGCCGGAGGAGGAGGACAGCGUUGAGGUGGUCAACUGAAUCCACAGAGUGCGCAUGGCCACUGACCCAGUUUUGAUCUGUGUAUAUAUAGCAACCUAGUUUAAUCGUAAACGCCCCAUUCAACCAAUACUAACUUAAUCUAAGGUGGAACUCGAACUGAUGGAAUUUCUUUGGUCACACGAUCACUUCACUUUCUUUUCUCUUAAACUGGAUCUCCGAUAAUGUGGUUUUAAAAUGAGCAAAUAGCUGGAUUGAAAUAGCCGUGAAAUUGCAUUCAUUCGAGUUUCGUACACUAUGAUUGCU